GCAGAAUUUAUCUAGUUGGCGGGCAUUUAACAUUUUGAAUUUGUAUUGCAGCAAUAAAUACCAAAAGUAAUAUGGAAAAUGCAUAAUUCGCUGGCCUCGAGGUUGCUAGUGCGACUUUUGUUGCUGUUUGCACUAGUUACUGUGAUAUCAAUAGCCAUACUGACAAAAUGGGGCUUCGAUGAGUUGACAGCCCAAACCGACAAGGAUUCCCAUGUGAAUCCCAGUGAAUCAAAUGGAUAUAAUUAUAUAUUGAAUGCACGGGAUGCAGAAAUUGAGCGCCUGAAGCAUGAAGUGCUGACGCUGCGUGCACAGCUGGUGUUAAUACAGACCAAUCGAAGCGGUAACAAUGGAGUUCCAGGCAGGUUGCCAGCUGGAUUCUACUCCUCCUCCAGCAACAACAGCAACAACAACAGCGUGCCAGGCACACAGCUGCAACAGCAACAACAACUGCAGCAGUCACCCGAUACAACAGUUGCCUCCCUGACUCAUCACUAUGACUGCAGCAGCUAUAUACGGAAACAGGUGGGAGCCGCUGAGAUUCUUCAUGGUCUGCCGCUGAACAAUGAGUACGAGAUGAUGCCCUUCAAUCACUUCACCUUCACGCGUGUCUAUCCCAUUGAUCUCGGCCUGGGCAAGCGUGUGGUGGAGAAGCCCAUUGGCUACAGGCGCCGCGAUCUCCUGGAAGCCGUCAACAAAGCCCUGGAGAGCCUCAAUCGCAAUCACACGGCACGUGCUCGUGCCAAGGGGAUCCCCACAACGGAUGUAGCAAAGUACACCUUGGACGACUUUGUGGAGGGCAUCUAUCGCACGGAGCCCACGACUGGCAGCCAAUAUGAGCUGUAUUUCCAGAGUAUCAAGCACCAGACGAAUGUGGUGCGAAAGGCGUUGAUCAUGCGACCAUUUGCACCACUGCAGACGGUGCAGCUGUCCGAGGUGGCUCCCAGCUCCAUCAUACAUGUGAUACUGCCACUGGCUGGACGCCUGCGCAGCUUCCGCAGCUUCAUGCAGAUGUUCCAGCAACUGACGGAUCGACAUUUGCAGCUCAUCGUGGUUUACUUUGGUGAAAGUGGACUUAAAGAGGCGCAGGGAAUUGCAAAGGGAUUGGAGCAUGUGCAGCUGUUGUCGCUUAAUGAAACCUUCAGCAGAGCCAAAGCUCUGCGAUUGGGCGCCGAGCACAUUCAGCCGGAGGCGGAAAAGACGACUGAGGAUGCUCUACUCUUCAUGUGCGAUGUGGACAUUGUGUUUACCGCCAAAUUUCUGGAACGUUGCCGCUGGAAUGCCUCGCCAGGCAAGAAGGUGUAUUACCCUGUUGUGUUCAGCCUUUAUAAUCCCCAUGUGGUGUACACGCUGCAGGGGAAAAUUUUGCCCAACGAGGAGGACCAGCUGGUCAUCUCUAGGGACACGGGCUUCUGGCGUGACUUUGGCUAUGGCAUGACGUGUCAAUACCGCUCGGACUUUCUGCAAAUACGCGGAUUCGAUGAGGAAAUCGUUGGCUGGGGCGGUGAGGAUGUGAUGCUCUACCGUAAAUAUGUACGAUCUAAAAUCAAAAUCAUACGCGCCACAGAUCCUGGUAUCUUUCAUCGCUGGCACACAAAGAUUUGCACCAGUUCUCUAAGUCCCGAUCAAUAUCGUGCCUGCAUACGAUCGCGUGCUCUUAAUGAGGCCUCCCAUGCCCAGUUGGGUUUUUUGGCAUUUCAGGACGAGAUUGCCGCUGCAAGUGCAUCCAUGUCCGUGUCGUUGGGAAAUACACUGCCUUGAUAUUUCAAUGGUAUUAUUGGAAUUGGCCUUCUGCUUUCGAUACUCGAUACUCAGCCACAAUGUGACAAUAACUUGUAUUUAGCCAAUCGUUGAACUAGCAUAAAUUGUUAAAUCUCUUUGUUUACCCAACACUUUGAGAGCCUCGAUACUUAAUCCUAUGACAAAUUGUUCUUCCAUGAAGCAAACUAGAUGCAAUCUUUAAACAAUAAACAUAAACAUACUAUACGUAAACAAAUUUAGCUUAUUGUAUCAUACUGAACUUACAUUAAACAGCGUCUGCUCGCAUUAGAUAAACAAA